GCUCCAUCACGGUUGCACGUUCGACUCGUGUCCAGCUCAGCAUUGGAAGGCCAAGACUGCGUCGUUUACAGAUUCUUCAAACCCCGCUUCGACCUGGUGAUCCGGGAGGCUUAGCACGCCUGUCAAUUGGACGAGCCGGCCGCAGUUUGCUCGCCCCGGAAAAGACCUAGACUUUGCGGCCUCAAUAAGGGAAACUUCCCCAUGACGCCAUUCAACAUCCAUCCCCGUCUCCAAUAUUCGUAUAUCAUGCCUUUAAGAUCCACUCUCUCAUCCCUCUCCUCCCUCGCUCUCUCUUUCCGUUUCUAAUUUCUCCAUAUAAAAGAGAUCGUCUCUUUUCCCCCGCAGAAACCCUUCAAACAAAACUCUGCUUUCCCAGAAUGCCGAUCAAAUCACCGUUCGAGUCGUCCAUUGCGAAGCCGGGACAAGGCAACGUCGUUCUCUCCCUGCUUCCUCCCUCGAAUCCCACCUUGACGACCUUAACCUACAAAUAUCCGUUGAAACUCCUCACACGUGCCCCGGGCUACGUCCCUCAAUCCUCUGCCCUCUCCUGUCCCACCUCACGACCCGUCCACCUCUAUCUCCUUACCUAUGGCGGCGGUCUUCUCCCCGGAGACCACAUCGACGUGUCGAUCAAACUAGACCCUCAGACCCGACUCGUCGUCACAACUCCCCAGGGCAGCACCAAGAUCUUCAAGACGGAACCCAACGCCAGCGUCAAGGGACAGCGAGGAACCCCGGCGCACCAACUCUCCGAUAAAAGCCGCCAGUCGGUCGACGUGCAAGUCGGCCGCGAGGCCGCCCUCUGCUACCUCCCAGACCCCGCAGUCCCCUACAAAGACAGCCGGUACGAACAAGUACAGAAAUUCACCGUCGACGGGACCACAACCAAGGAGUCCAAGCGGAGUAGUCUCUGCAUCCUGGACUGGGUGACAGAAGGCCGCACGUCGCGGGGCGAGAAUUGGGAUUUCCACCUCUGGCGCGGGAAAAACGAAGUCUGGUCGGCGGACGAGAACGGACACAAGAAGCUUCUCCUGCGCGACUCCCUCAUCCUCGACGACGAGGUCAACGAGUUCUGCCUGGAGGAUGAUAGCGAAACGCUGAGUCGUCGUGGCUUGAUUCGAGAGCGCACGCGGCCCCACGGGGUAGUGGGAACGCUGAUCCUCUACGGGCCAGUGUUUGAACGCCUAGCGACCUUCUUCAUGGAUCGGUUCACGUCACAGCCACGCAUCGGCGCUCGGAAUUGGUCCUCAUCUAGCCCUGGCGCUGUGGAAUCAACGCCGAACUACGAUAGCAAAGUCACGUUCACGGCGGCACGUGUACGCGCCGGCUUCGUCCUGGUCAAGUUCGGAGCGAGCGACUUCGAAACGGCCAAGGAUUGGCUUGGUAACAUCUUGCGCGAGGAGGGCACGGUCUUCAAUGAAUUUGGCGAGGAAGCUUUGUUCUGUCUAUGAAAGGUCGCUUCCUUCGGUCUCCUAUGCAUAUAUACGAGGAAAGGGAGACAGCAAAAAAAGCGGCGAGGUUGAUAAACUAUCCAGAUGAUACCCAAAAAUCACUUCAUAAUCAGGCGUUUGAUUACUUUGUGACCAGCUACACACCUUACGUCUAGUAGCAUAUCAUAUCA